AUGGGGGCUACUCAACGUCAGUUAGCCAGAACUUUCAACUGCUCCCAAACCACCAUCAGCAAGUUGAUAAUCCGCUACCAACAGACAGGAGAGACUCAAGACCGGCCAAGAUCGGGAAGACCGAGAGUGACAACACCGGCCGAAGACCGCUACAUCCGGCAGAUUCACCUCCGAAACAGAUGUGUGACGGCGACGUCAACGGCGGCAACAGCACUAAGGCAUGCCAUCAGCAGACGAACAGUCCUUCGAAGACUUCGUACGGCUGGUAUACGAGCCUACCGACCCUUCCGUGGAAUGGCCUUGACCCGUCUACACCGUCAACGCUGA